UCGGCAGGCAUCAAUCACCGGAUACGACACAGACACGCCGGCCUCGAACCUUGUAGAUUUGGCUCGAAUUCGCCGUGCACAUCCUAUGGCGAUUCCCCGACAUCGAUCGUUGCCACUUUGCGGGUUGAUCGUACUGUGAGCUCCUUUCAUUUGUGGCCGGUUGUACGAUCGGCUUAAUUCCUCACAAUGUUCGAGGCUCACGUUCUGCAUUUGCUGCGAAGAUACUUGGGUGAGUAUGUCCAUGGACUCUCAGUUGAGGCUUUAAGAAUCAGUGUCUGGAAAGGUGAUGUUGUUCUCAAAGAUUUGAAAUUGAAGGCUGAGGCACUAAAUUCGCUAAAACUUCCAGUCACUGUGAAAGCUGGUUUUGUUGGUACCAUAACUUUGAAGGUUCCAUGGAAAAGUUUGGGAAAAGAACCUGUUAUUGUUCUCAUUGAUCGCAUAUUUAUUCUUGCUCAUCCUGCUGCUGACAGUCGGACUCUCAAAGAGGAGGACCGGCAUAAACUUUUGGAAGCCAAGCUUCAACGGAUUGAGGAAGCAGAGUCGGCAACCCUAGAAGCAAUAUCAAGAUCAAGGCUAGGAAGUCCACCUCCCGCGAAUUCAUGGCUGGGGUCUCUAAUUGCUACUAUCAUUGGAAAUCUUAAGAUAUCAAUAAGCAAUGUGCAUGUUAGAUAUGAGGAUUCUGUCAGUAAUCCAGGACAUCCAUUUUCUUCGGGAAUUACUUUGGCCAAACUUGCUGCUGUUACUAUGGAUGAACAGGGAAAUGAAACCUUUGACACUAGUGGUGCUCUAGAUAAAUUACGGAAGUCAUUGCACCUUGAGAGACUUGCUAUGUAUCAUGAUUCUAAUAGCCUUCCAUGGGAAAUAGAUAAGAGAUGGGAGGAUCUCAGCCCGAAUGAAUGGAUUGAGAUAUUUGAAGAUGGAAUAAAAGAACCUGCUGCUGACCAUGGAAUAGUGUCUAAGUUGGCUAUAAAUCGUAACUACUUGGUAUCACCUAUCAAUGGAGUCUUGAGAUAUCAUCGCCUUGGGAAGCAAGAAAGAAAUGAUCUGGAGGUUCCCUUCGAGAAGGCUUCUCUUGUCCUGACUGAUGUCUCUUUAACAGUUACAGAGUCACAGUAUCAUGAUUGGAUAAAACUAUUGGAGGCCGUGUCAAGAUACAAGACCUAUGUUGAAGUUUCUCACUUACGACCUGUAGUGCCAGUUUCAGAGGCUCCUCGUUUGUGGUGGCGGUAUGCUGCUCAAGCUGGCCUGCAGCAGAAGAAAAUGUGUUACCGAUUCUCUUGGGACCGAAUUCAGCAUCUCUGUCAUCUUCGUCGGCGUUACGUUCAGUUGUAUGCUGUUUCACUGCAACAUAUGUCAAAUGGUAAUAAUGAGGAAAUUAGAGAAAUUGAGAAAGAUCUUGAUUCCAAAGUACUUCUUUUAUGGAGGUUACUUGCGCAUGCCAAGGUUGAAUCUGUGAAAUUGAAGGAAGCAGCUGAGCAGAGGAGGCUCAAAAAGAGAAGCUGGCUUUCAUUUAGAUGGCGUGCAGACUCUGAGGAUGACUCUGUGGGGGAUGCUUCUGAGGGUCUACAGAUAACAAAAGAAGGACUGACUAAAGAGGAAUGGCAGGCAAUCAAUAAUUUACUGAGUCAUCAGCCAGAUGAUGAGUUGAUAUCACAUUCAGGAAAGGACAUGCAGAAUAUGAUCCAGUUUUUGGUAACUGUAUCAAUUGGACAGGCUGCUGCUAGGAUCAUCGACAUAAAUCAGACUGAAAUUGUUUGUGGCAGAUUCGAACAACUUCAUGUGUCUACCAAGUUUAAAAAUCGCAGUAAACACUGCGAUGUGUUAUUGAGAUUCUAUGGUUUAUCAGCACCCGAAGGUUCACUUGCACAGAGUGUCUGUAAUGAGCAGAAGGUGAACGCAUUAGCUGCUAGUUUUGUACACACGCCAGUUGGGGAGAAUGUUGACUGGAGGCUUUCAGCUACUAUCUCUCCCUGCCAUGUUACGGUUUUGAUGGAAAGUUGUGCUCGCUUUUUCGAGUUUGUGAGGAGAAGUAAUGCAGUUAGUCCUACUGUUGCAUUGGAAACUGCAACUGCUUUGCAGAUGAGGAUUGAGAAAGUGACUCGCAGGGCACAGGAGCAAAUUCAAAUGGUAUUAGAAGAAAAGAGCAGGUUUGCUCUUGACAUUGAUUUCGAUGCUCCAAAAGUUAUAAUUCCUAUCAGAAUUUGUGGCUCUUCCAUAUGCGACAGUCAUUUUCUUUUGGAUUUUGGUCAUUUCACGUUGCAUACCAAGGAAUGUCAGUCGGAUGAACCGAGGCAGAAUAUGUAUACUCGUUUUUUUAUAUCUGGAAGAGAUAUUGCUGCUUUCUUUACAGAUUGUGGUAUUAAACGUCAGAACUGCACUUUGGUCUCACAAAACCACAGUAAUCAGCAAAUUGUAUCUUCUAUGCCAGAAGAAGCUGAUAAUUUCUGUCCUCUGGUUGAUAGGUGUGGGAUGGCAGUACUUAUUGAUCAGAUCAAAGUACCUCACCCGAGUUGCCCGUCAACUCGCAUUUCUAUUCAAGUGCCAAACCUUGGUAUUCACUUUUCACCAGCGAGAUAUUGCAGACUCAUGGAAUUGCUUAAAAUAUUGUAUGGUACGAUGGAAACUGGUAGUCAGCCGACAGUUGAUAAUUUUCAAGCUGAACUUGCUCCUUGGAGUCCUGCAGAUCUUGCUACUGAUGCUAGAAUCCUAGUUUGGAAGGGAAUAGGCAAUUCUGUGGCUACUUGGCAGCCAUGCUUUCUGGUGUUGUCAGGGUUAUAUCUUUAUGUUUUGGAGUCAGAAAAGUCCCAGAGCUACCAGCGAUGCACAAGCAUGGCUGGAAGACAAGUGCAUGAAGUUCCUCCGACAAAUGUUGGUGGUGCACGGUUUUGUCUUGCUGUGAGUUUCAGGGGAAUGGACAUUCAGAAGGCUCUGGAAUCUUCUAGUACCUGGGUUGUAUUGUUUUCCAACGAGGAUGAAAAAGUCAUUUGGUUGAAAGGACUUAUUCAGGCCACAUAUCAAGCCUCUGCACCUCCAUCUGUUGAUUUACUUGGAGAAAGAAGCAAUGUUCAAGCUGUGCUUGGUGAGCCUCAGUCCUCAAAUUCGAAAGCAGUGGACCUUGUCAUUAAUGGGGCAUUGGUAGAAACAAAGUUAUUUGUAUAUGGAAAGACUGGAGAUAAAGUUGACAAGAAACUUGAUGAGACUCUAAUUCUUGAGGUUCUUGCUGGUGGGGGCAAGGUUUACGUAAUUCGUUGUGUGGGUGACCUUACAGUCAAGAUGAAGCUACACUCCUUAAAGAUUAAAGAUGAGCUUCAAGGUCAUCUCUCUUCAAGUCCACAGUAUCUAGCUUGUUCAGUUGAGAAAAAUGACAAAUCGGCUGCUUCCCCUGGCUCAUUUGAUCCUCAUCCAAGGGAGACGUCUUUAGUGCUUCCUGAGAAUGAUGAUAUUUUCAAGGAUGCUUUGCCAGAUUUUAUGUCUUUAUCAGAUAUCGGCAUUUAUUCACCAAAUAUUGAUGUGGGUCAUUGUGGAAAGAUGGUGGACAGGAGCGAUUCUGCUCUGUUCGAGUCCGCUGAAGCCUUUUCUCAUGAAAAAGAUCUGGGAAAGGGGAAGGGCAUUUCUGGUGAGAUCUAUUAUGAGGCAGAGGGCAGUGAUAAUUCAGAUUUUGUAUCUGUUACCUUCUCGACAAGGAGUUCUGGCUCGUCUGACUAUGAUGGUGUAGAUACACAGAUGAGUAUUCGAAUGUCCAAACUAGAAUUCUUUUGCAACAGACCCACUCUUGUUGCCUUAAUUGGUUUUGGCUUGGAUUUAAGCGCUGUGAAUCAUGUGGGAAGCAGUACAAAUAUGACAAAAACUUCAGAAGAUGAAUCUUUGAUGAACAAAGAGAAUACCGAAUAUAGUGGACAUGUUAAAGGGUUGCUAGGUUACGGUAAAGGUCGUGUAGUAUUUUUCUUAGGCAUGAAUGUUGACAGUGUCUCUGUAUAUCUUAACAAGGAGGAUGGUUCUCAGCUUGCCAUGUUUGUACAAGAAAGUUUCCUGUUGGAUAUUAAGGUCCACCCAAGUUCUCUUUCGAUUGAAGGCACAUUAGGAAAUCUUAGACUUCGUGACAUGUCUCUAGGAACAGAUCACUGCUGGGGUUGGCUUUGCGACAUACGUAACCCGGGGGUUGAAUCUCUUAUUAAGUUCCAAUUCAAUUCUUAUAGUGUUGAAGAUGAUGAUUACGAAGGAUAUGAUUACAGCUUGUGUGGGAGACUUUCUGCCGUACGCAUCGUGUUCCUCUAUAGGUUUGUUCAGGAGAUAACAGCAUACUUUAUGGAUCUUGCUACCCCACAUACUGAAGAAGCAAUCAAACUUGUGGAUAAAGUUGGAGACUUUGAGUGGUUGAUUCAGAAAUAUGAGAUGGAUGGAUCUCCUGCUUUAAAGCUGGACCUCUCACUCGACACUCCAAUAAUCAUCAUUCCGAGAAAUUCAAUGAGCAAAGAUUUCAUUCAACUUGAUCUGGGCCAGCUGCAGGUGAGAAAUAAAUUUAGUUGGCAUGGCAGCCCAGAGAAAGAUCCUUCAGCUGUCCAUAUUGAUGUUUUACGUGCUGAGAUUCUGGGUAUCAACAUGUCUGUAGGAAUCAAUGGUAGUCUUGGUAAACCAAUGAUAAGGGAAGGCCAAGGAUUUGAUGUUAAUGUGCGCCGAAGUUUGAGAGAUGUGUUUAGAAAAGUUCCAACCUUUUCACUAGAAGUGAAGGUAGGUUUAUUGCAUGGGGUGAUGUCUGACAAAGAAUACAAAGUUAUUCUGGAUUGUGCAUACAUGAACUUAUGUGAGGAGCCAAGGCUUCCUCCAAGCUUCCGAGGCAGGAAAUCUGGUUCAAAGGAUACCAUGAGGAUGCUGGUUGACAAGGUCAACAUAAGUAGUCAAAUGCUACUCUCUCGUACGGUUACCAUAGUGGCGGUUGUAGUUGACCAUGCCUUAUUAGAGUUGUGUAAUGGCAUUCAGGAGUCACCCCUAGCUCAUAUUGCGCUGGAAGGUCUUUGGGUAUCAUAUCGGAUGACAUCGUCCUCUGAAACAGACCUCUAUGUAACCAUUCCCAAAUUUUCCAUUCUAGAUAUCCGCCCAGAUAUAAAACCUGAGAUGCGCCUGAUGCUUGGAUCAUCCACUGAUGCUUCCAAACAAGCUUCUCCUGGAAAUUUUCCAUUUUUCUUGGAUAAAGGCAGCUUUUCAAGAACAAACACAGAAGCUGACCUUGACAUUGAUGUGCCAGUUCCAACAAUGUUCUUGAUGGACUACAGAUGGCGGAAGUCAUCCCAAUCAUUUGUGGUUCGGGUUCAGCAGCCUCGAGUUCUUGUAGUACCUGAUUUUCUUCUUGCUGUUGGUGAGUUUUUUGUGCCUGCUUUGGGAGCAAUAACUGGAAGGGAUGAAACAAUGGACCCUACCAAUGAUCCCCUGAGUAGGAAAAAUGCAAUAGUACUCAGUGAACGUGUUUACAAACAGAAGGAAGAUGUGGUGCACCUGUCCCCAAGUAGACAAUUAGUUGCAGACUCUUUAAGCAUUGAUGAAUACACAUAUGAUGGUUGUGGAAAGGUUAUCUGUUUAAGUGAAGAAACUGAUGCAAAGGAAUCCCAUUCAUUCAGAUAUCAACCAAUUAUAAUUAUUGGACGUGGUAAGAGGCUGCGGUUUGUGAAUGUAAAGAUUGAGAAUGGUUCUCUUUUGAGGAAGUAUGCGUACUUGUGUAACGAUAGCAGCUACUCAGUCUCUUUAGAGGAUGGCGUUGAAGUAACAUUUCUGGACAUAUCCUCAUCUGUUGAUGACAAAAAGAGUGUGCACUACAUGCAUGAAUUUUCAGACACCACAAAUAUCUCUUCGUAUUCUCAAAAUAAUACAAAUGGGAUGCAGAGUUUCACAUUUGAAACCCAGGUUGUUUCUCCUGAGCUCACCUUCUAUGAUGGUACAAAAUCUUCUCUGGAUGACUCAUCCUAUGGUGAAAAACUUCUCCGUGCAAAAUUGGAUUUGAGUUUCAUGUAUGCAUCUAAGGAAAACGAUACCUGGAUUCGAGCCUUGGUGAAAGAUCUCACUGUUGAGGCUGGUUCUGGUCUUAUCAUUCUUGAUCCUGUGGAUAUAUCAGGAGGAUAUACUUCUGUAAAGGACAAAACAAAUCUGUCUAUGAUAUCAACUGAUAUAUGUAUCCAUCUUUCACUUAGUGCCAUUUCUGUCAUUCUUAAUCUGCAAAACCAGGCAGCAGCAGCAUUGCAAUUUGGAAAUGCAAUAGCCCUUGCUCCCUGUACCAACUUUGACCGUUUAUGGGUUGCCCCAAAAGUAAAUGGGUCCCCUUACAACCUUACCUUUUGGAGGCCUCGAGCUCCAUCAAACUAUGUCAUAGUGGGAGAUUGUGUGACUUCAAGGCCAACUCCUCCUUCACAGGCUGUAAUGGCAGUGAGUAAUACAUAUGGGCGUGUGAGGAAGCCCAUUGGUUUCAAUCUCAUUGGUUCCUUCUCUGGUAUUCAAGGAUUUGAAAGACGUGAACGCCAUUCUGAUCUUAAUGGUGAUUGUUCUAUUUGGAUGCCUAUUGCACCGCCUGGAUAUACAGCAUUGGGGUGUGUCGCACAUGUAGGAAACCAACCUCCACCAAGUCACAUUGUUUAUUGCAUACGCUCUGACCUUGUUACAUCAACAGCAUUUUCAGAAUGCAUACUCAGUGUGCAUUCAAAUUCUAGUUUGGCAAAUGGAUUUAGCAUCUGGCGCCUAGACAAUGUUGUUGGAUCAUUUUUAGCCCAUUCUUCAGCGCAAUGCCCUACCAAAGAUAAAAGUUUUGACCUGAAUCAUCUUCUUCUCUGGAACUCGAAUUGGCAACAUUCUGCCUCGAAAGAAUCUGGCUCUGAUUCGAGGGACAGUCGUGACUGUGGAAGUCAACAAACAAAUAACCAGAGUGCAAAUUCAUCUGGAUGGGAUGUCGUUAGAUCAAUUUCAAAAGCUACUAAUUGUUAUGUGUCAACCCCUAAUUUUGAGCGAAUCUGGUGGGACAAGGGUAGUGACCUCCGGCAACCAGUCUCAAUAUGGCGACCUAUUGCACGUCCGGGUUAUGCUGUACUGGGUGAUUGCAUAACUGAAGGCUUAGAACCACCUGCUUUGGGAAUAAUAUUCAAGGCCAAUAAUCCUGAGAUUUCUGCAAAGCCUGUGCAGUUUACUAGAGUAGCCCGUAUCACAGGAAAGGGCAUUGACGAAGUUUUCUUCUGGUAUCCAAUUGCUCCUCCUGGUUAUGCUUCUCUAGGAUGUGUAGUCUCAAGAACAGAUGAAGCACCAUCCUUGGAUUCAUUCUGCUGCCCAAGAAUGGAUCUUGUUAACCAAGCUAACAUACUUGAGGUUCCCAUUUCAAGAUCUUCAAGUUCGAAAGCAUCUCAGUGCUGGAGCAUUUGGAAAGUUGAAAACCAGGCAUGCACAUUUCUUGCUCGUUCUGAUCUGAAAAAACCAACGAGUCGAUUGGCUUAUACUAUUGGUGAUUCCAUGAAACCAAAGGCUCGGGAAAACAUAACUGCCGAAAUGAAGCUAAGAUGCUUCUCUUUGACGGUUCUUGACAGCUUAUGCGGAAUGAUGACUCCGCUAUUUGACACAACGAUAACCAAUAUCAAGCUUGCAACACAUGGUCAACUGGAGGCAAUGAAUGCAGUACUCAUUUCCUCUAUUGCUGCAUCUGCCUUCAACACACAAUUAGAAGCUUGGGAGCCCCUGAUUGAGCCAUUUGAUGGAAUCUUCAAGUUUGAAACUUAUGAUACCAAUGCACACCAACCAUCAAGACUUGGGAAAAGAGUACGUGUAGCUGCUACUAAUAUCCUGAAUGUAAAUGUCAGUGCUGCAAAUCUCGAGACUUUUGUUGGGAGCAUUCUUUCAUGGAGAAGGCAGUUAGAACUUGAGCAGAAAGCUGCCAAGCUAAAUGAGGAAGCUGGUCAUCAUCGUAGGCAUGGAGAGGAUCCAACUUUUUCUGCGUUAGAUGAAGAUGACUUUCAGACUGUGGUUAUAGAAAACAAACUUGGGUUUGAUAUCUAUCUGAAAAAAGUUGAGCAAAAUGCAAAUUCCGUCGACCAGCUACAUCAUGGUGGCUGCACAUCUGUUUGGAUCCCACCUCCAAGGUUUUCAGACAGAUUAAAUGUUGCAGAUGAAUCGAGGGAAGCACGUUAUUAUGUAGCUAUACAGAUUCUUGAAGCUAAGGGAAUACCGAUCAUUGAUGAUGGCAAUAGCCAUAACUUUUUCUGUGCCUUGCGCAUUGUCAUUGAUAGCCAGGCAGCAGAUCAACAAAAGCUUUUUCCUCAGAGUGCGAGGACAAAAUGUGUCAAGCCUCUUGUUUCAAAAGCCAAUAACCUUGAUUCAGGCACCGCUAAGUGGAAUGAACUUUUCAUAUUUGAAGUUCCUCGGAAGGCCCCAGCUAAGUUGGAAGUGGAGGUGACUAACCUUGCAGCCAAAGCUGGAAAAGGUGAAGUCGUUGGAUCACUUUCAUUUUCUGUUGGACAUGGUGCAAAUAUGUUGAAGAAGGUAGCUUCAGCGAGGAUGUCAAAUCAACCCUAUAAUGUUCAGAAUAUCGUAUCAUAUCCUCUAAAGAGAAGGCAUGAUAAUGCUGAAAACACACAUGACCACAGUUGUCUGUUUGUAUCUACUACUUAUUUUGAGAGGAAGAAUAUUGCAAACUUAAAAAGAGAUGCCGAAAAUGAGAAAGUUACAGAUAGAGACAUUGGAUUUUGGAUUGGACUCAGUCCGGAGGGUGUAUGGGAGAGUGUUCGAUCAUUGCUUCCAAUGUCAGUGGUCCCCAAAUUAUUACAGAAUGAUUUUAUUGCUGUGGAAGUUGUCAUGAAAAAUGGCAAGAAGCAUGUGAUUUUCAGGGGUCUUGCAACAGUUGUAAAUGACACUGAUAUUAAAUUGGAUAUUUGCAUAUGUCCCUCAUCACAAACAAGCAGUUGUAACAUCGUGGUGGAAGAGAUUUUUGAAAAUCAACGUUAUCAGCCAAUUUCUGGUUGGGGUAACAAGUGGCCUGGCUUUCGAAGUGAUGACCCAGGGCGUUGGAGCAACCGGUACUACUCAUAUUCAUCAAAGGAAUUCUAUGAACCUCCCCUUCCCCCUGGAUGGCAAUGGACGUCAACUUGGAAUAUUGAUAAAUGUCAAUUUGUUGACAACGAUGGCUGGGCAUAUGGUACUGACUUCAACAGUUUGAAAUGGCCACCAACUUCUUCAAAGUCGUGCACCAAGUCAGCUAUUGAUGUUGUGCGUCGAAGGCGAUGGAUUCGUUCAAGAAAAAAAUCUCCUGAGCAAGACAUUAAUAGCAUGAAGAGUGACUUUGCUACCAUAAGUCCUGGUGCUUCUACUGUUCUACCUUGGAGAAGUAGAUCCAAGGAUUCUGACCAUUGUUUACAAGUACGUCCUUGUGUGGAUCAUCCUGAGUCCCCAUACUCAUGGGGUUAUGCUGUUGAACUUCCCUUCAUGGACCAAGGUUCACUCAGACAAAAGCAGGAAUCUAAAAUGUCCAAUUAUACAUUCAAGUUGAAUGAGCUUGAGAAGAAGGAUAUAAUUUUGCAUUGUUCUAGCACUGGAAGUAGGCAAUGCUGGCUUAGCAUAGGCAUAGAUGCUUCUGUUCUUCAUACUGAACUAAAUGCACCUGUUUAUGAUUGGAGAAUAUCUGUUAACUCCCCUCUGAAGUUGGAAAAUCGACUUCCUUGUCCAGCUGAGUUCACAAUCUGGGAAAAAGCAAAAGAAGGGAGUUGUAUAGAGCGCCAGCAUGGUAUAAUCUCUUCACGGAGAAGUGUUCACAUAUAUUCAGCAGAUAUCCGGAAACCCAUUUACCUUACAUUGUUUGUUCAGGGAGGUUGGGUACUGGAGAAGGACCCUAUUCUUGUUCUGGAUCUUUAUUCCUUUGACCAUGUCUCAUCUUUCUGGAUGGUUCACCAGCAAAGUAAAAGGAGAUUGCGUGUGACCAUCGAACGUGACUUGGGAGGAACAAUUGCAGCUCCCAAAACCAUUAGGUUUUUUAUUCCCUAUUGGGUUAUUAAUGAUUCGUCUCUGCCUUUAGCAUAUCGAUUGGUGGAAGUUGAACCUUUGGACAAAGCAGAUGUGGAUACAAUGAUUCUUUCAAGAGCAGUUAAGUCCGCAAAGUUAGCCUUGAAACAUCCUUCAAACUCAAUGGAUAGGAGACAUUCUGGCCCAAGAAAAAAUAUCCAAGUACUUGAAAUAAUUGAGGAUACUACUCCAGUUCCUAGCAUGCUUUCUCCACAAGAUUAUGCCGGCAGAAGCGGUGUUAUAUCAUUUACAUCUAACAAAGAUGCACAUAUGUCCUCACGGGUGGGCGUUGCUGUUGCUAUCCGCAAUUCUGAAAUUUUCAGUCCUGGGAUUUCUUUUCAUGAGCUCGAAAACAAGGAGCGGAUUGACGUCAAGGCAUACAAUUCAGAUGGAUCGUACUACAAGCUUUCAGCUUUACUGAAUCUGACUUCAGACAGAACAAAGGUUGUUCAGUUUCAGCCACACACUUUGUUUAUUAAUAGGGUUGGUCAGAGUCUCUGCCUGCAGCAGUGUGAUUCUCAUUCAGAGGCAUGGAUUCAUCCCGCUGAUCCUCCAAAACCCUUUGGAUGGCAGUCUUCUGCCAAAGUUGAACUGUUAAAGUUGCGCCUUGAUGCAUACCACUGGAGUACACCAUUUAGUGUUUGUACCGAAGGUGUGAUGCGCAUUUGUUUGAAAAAGGUUAUUGGAAAUGAAAAGAUUCAAUUAAGGGUAGCAGUAAGAAGCGGAGGAAAGAACUCCCGCUAUGAAGUUAUUUUCCGCCCAAAUUCAUUAUCAAGUCCUUACAGGAUUGAAAAUCGCUCGAUGUUUUUGCCCAUUCGCUUUCGGCAAGUGGAUGGUACCAGUGAUUCAUGGCAGUUUCUUCUCCCUAAUUCAGCUGCUUCAUUUCUGUGGGAAGAUCUUGGUAGAAGACGUUUGUUGGAACUAGUGGCAGAUGGGAAUGAUCCAUUGAAAUCAGAGAAGUAUGAUAUUGAUGAGGCUUUGGAUCACCGACCAAUUCAUGUGGAAGGUGGACCUACAAAAGCUCUACGUGUUACUAUUGUAAAAGAGGAGAAAAGGAAUGUUGUUAAGAUCAGUGAUUGGAUGCCAGAAAAUGAACCUACAGGAACAUUGAGUAGAAGGUAUUCAUCACCUUCAUCACAGCUUUCUGCAAAUGACUCUCAACAGCAGCAAUCAGCAUCCAUCUCAGAUUGUGAAUUUCAUGUUACUGUUGAGCUGGCUGAGCUUGGAAUAUCCAUUAUUGACCAUACACCUGAGGAAAUAUUAUACCUAUCAGUGCAGAAUCUUCUUUUUGCAUAUUCUACGGGCUUGGGCUCUGGAAUCAGUAGGUUCAAACUAAGAAUGCGAGGAAUACAAGUGGAUAACCAGUUGCCAUUAACUCCAAUGCCAGUUCUCUUCAGGCCACAGAGAGUUGGGGAGGAGAAUGAUUAUAUAUUCAAAUUUUCUUUGACAAUGCAAUCCAAUGGAUCACUAGAUCUCUAUGUCUAUCCAUAUAUUGGUGUCAUUGGACCUGCAAAUUCUGCUUUUCUAAUAAACAUUCAUGAACCCAUCAUUUGGCGCCUUCAUGAAAUGAUCCAGCAAGUGAACCUCAAGAGAUUAUAUGACACUCAAACAACUGCGGUUUCAGUCGACUGCAUUAUUGAGAUUAUAGCCCUUGACAUCUCGGAAGUACGAUUCAAAGUGUCAAUGGCAAUGUCACCAAGUCAACGGCCAACGGGUGUACUUGGAUUUUGGUCAUCCUUAAUGACUGCCUUGGGGAACACUGAGAAUAUGCCAGUCAGAAUAAAUCAGAGGAUCCGUGAGAACUUGUGCAUGAGGCAGAGUUCCAUGAUUAGUAUUGCUAUUUCAAACAUUCGCAAGGAUCUUUUAAGCCAACCUCUCCAACUGCUCUCUGGUGUUGACAUAUUAGGCAAUGCAAGUAGUGCACUUGGACAUAUGAGUAAAGGUGUGGCUGCCUUAUCAAUGGAUAAGAAGUUCAUUCAAAGCCGGCAGAGACAGGAAAACAAGGGUGUGGAGGACCUUGGUGAUGUUAUCAGAGAGGGUGGUGGGGCAUUAGCAAAAGGCCUAUUCAGAGGCGUUACUGGCAUAUUAACAAAGCCUCUUGAAGGUGCAAAAUCUUCUGGUGUUGAAGGAUUUGUUCAGGGCGUUGGAAAAGGAAUAAUAGGUGCAGCUGCGCAACCAGUGAGUGGGGUUUUGGAUCUCUUGUCAAAAACUACUGAAGGUGCCAAUGCUAUGAGAAUGAAGAUAGCAUCUGCUAUAACAUCAGAUGAACAGCUCCUUCGCAGGAGGCUACCUCGCGUUAUUGGCGGUGAUAACUUGCUUCGACCAUAUGAUGAAUAUAAAGCACAGGGGCAGGUUAUAUUGCAGCUGGCAGAAUCUGGUUCAUUUUUUGGCCAGGUUGAUCUAUUUAAAGUACGUGGAAAGUUUGCCUUGUCAGAUGCUUAUGAAGAUCACUUUUUACUCCCAAAAGGGAGAAUCUUUGUGGUCACCCACCGGAGGGUGAUAUUGUUGCAACAACCUUCAAAUGUUAUUGCUCAGAGGAAGUUCAGCCCAGCUAGGGAUCCAUGUUCAGUACUGUGGGAAGUACUGUGUGACGACCUGGUGACGAUGGAAUUGACUCAUGGAAAGAAGGACCAUCAACAUUCUCCACCUUCGCGAGUUAUUAUAUAUUUACAGUCUAGAGCAAUGGAAUCAAAAGAAGUAGUUCGUGUAAUAAAAUGCAGCCGUGAAACCAACCAGGCUUUUGAAGUUUAUGCUUCAAUUGAGCAAGCAAGGAACACUUAUGGGUCAAACCUUUCAAAGGAAAUGCUAAAAGGGAAAGUGACAAAACCAUAUUCACCAAUUGCCGAUGGUACCAGUGCUGAAGUCACUUUGAAAGAAGGCAUUUGCACCUGGUCUCCCCAGCAGGUGCCUGGAUCAGCCCCUAUAAGUUCAAGUUUCGGUAGCAGUGCGGACUGAAUUUAAAAGUGCGAAAGAUUUGAACAUUAAGGAGGAGGCUGUUUCCCGUGGAAGAUUUGGCAGAGCUAUUGCAUAGACCCUUGCCAAAUGGGCUUUGUUGAAAUUCUUAAUAGAAUCUUGCUGAAAUAUUUAUACAAACAAACGUAUGUACAAUAAGCAGCCCCUGCAAUGAAAAUGUACAGCUUUUUUAAGAUCCUUGUAUACCUGUAUAGUAUUCCUUGUAUAUACGAUUUAGAGAAGGCAGCCAUUUAAUUGGCCCUUAGAAAACUGGUUACUUACUUAUGAAGGCCCUUCUAAAUUUUCUGAUCAGCAAGGAAAUCCCAAAAGUCACACCUAUUUUACUCUGCCA